AUGGGGGCGCACACUCCAGAUGCACAAGUCAGUGUCUUUGACUCUCCUCCUGAAGAAUUGCUCCACCUCCUUGCCUCACAGCUUCCCGCCUCGCUCACGCUUCUUCGACGGCUUCAAUUUGCCGUCCACCGCAACUGCACAGGGCCGGAUGCGCGUAUUAUUGUCUCAUCUGAUACCGGCCAGAUUGGAGAUGGACCAACCAAGCCGACAUGCUUUGCUGCCGCAUAUGCCGAGCUCUCCACGGGGCCGGAUACACAGAUGGUCAUGUACUCGUCCAUGGAACAGGGUAGGCCGAGUGAUGAGGAACUACCAGUCCACGAGGGGCAUAUCAUGAAUCUUGUCCGGACACUGGCGGAGCUACGUAGAGAGUACGGCGGCAAGCUAGCCUACGGCAACAGUCUACUUGUAGGCAAUGUGCAUUCAGACGUGCACGACAUCUUGACCAAGACGGGAAGAGUGACAGCACGGCGGGACUACGACAAGUGGCUGUUUAGGAUGGAGCAUGUGCCGGAGCUGAAAGAGACUCUGGAUCUGGCGGGAAUGCAUUGGGGGACGGCCUCUCUGGAGGACUGCAGGCUUGUUGCUUCGAGAACGGACAUUCCCCGGCCGCCGUGA